AUCUUAGUUUUGUAAUUAAAAUAAAUAAAAAAAAAAUCUAUCUCAUAAAUACGGUUUGCUGUUGCUGGUCUGACAAAAGUGGCAAAGUCCACCAAACUAGGUUAAUCUUAUUUCUCUCGGAAAUGCUAAAACACAGUUAAUUAACCACGGUUUUUCGCCAAAAAAGUCUGUACUUUAUGAAUGAAUGUAUAUUAUGCAACAAAAACAGAAAACAGAACUAAAUUCAAAUGGAGAAAGAUGAAGAAACAUGUACUCUUUGCCUCAAUAUUAUAAAUGACAAAAAUUUCAAAGUAAUUGAAGAAGUUAUUAAAGAAGUUCUAGACGUUCUUUUCAUAAAGCUGAGAGUGGAAGAUAAUAAAUCAGUAAUAUGUAAUGCCUGUUCCAUAAAACUGUUUGCGGCAUUUAACUUCAAGGCAACCUGCAUGGAUACCGAAGACAGUAUUUUUCCUUAUGUUACUUCUGAAAAUGCUGCACCAGUUGAUUUGAAAGAAAUUUACUUAAAAGAAAUAAAUAAAGGACAUUUAAGCACGAUAUUUGAAGACGAGAGAAUCUGUCGAUUAUGUAUGCGGGUAAUCACUUCUGGAUUUACGAUAGUAAAAGAAGUAGAGAGGGACAUGGUCCAUAAUUACAUUCCAGAAGUGAACUUUAAUUCCACUGAAGAGCCCGUCAUGUGUAAAGGAUGUCUGUUUUCAUUGGAAACGCACAAUAUAUUUUUAAAGGAGUGUUUAGAUGUGACAAGGAAAAUUGAAAAUAUUGAUGAAAAAGAAGCAAAGAAUGCCAUACAUGUUAUCUCUGAAAAUAUCGAUAUAAAAUCUGAUGAAGAUGAUGAAAAUGGUAAGACGUCGAUCCAUGACUCAGAUGAAUUCAUCGACCGCAGUCCAGUAAGUGUACAAAUGCCAAAAAAUAAUAGUGCCCUUAAGUAUCGUAGGUCGAAAGACAAAAAGCAAUCAAAAGUCUACAAGUGCGAGUUUUGCACUUUUGAGGGUAAAUAUAAGAGCAGUAUCAUAAGGCACACGUUAACACACAGUAAAAAAGUUUCGAAGAGUGUUCUGUACGAAUGCGACGUGUGCGAUUACAGGUGCAAGCAAAAGGGCAACCUUUUGAAACAUCAGUUGACGCAUAAACACCCAUCCGAGAUACAGAUGUUCGAAUGCGAUAAGUGUAAUUAUAGAACUAAACAGAAAAAACAUCUUAGGAACCAUCAAAUAACACAUAACAAUUUUUCUGAUGUGAAAACGUACGAGUGCCACUUGUGCAACUUUAAGACAAAGCAUAGGGGCAGUAUUGUAGGUCACGUAUUAAUUCAUUCGACAAUUAAGAUUUACAGGUGUGAUAUUUGUGAUUACAAGAGCAAUAAAACACGUUAUCUGAAGAACCAUCAACGUAAACACAAACAAGCCUCUGAGAUGUGUUUGUACCAAUGUGACAAGUGUGAUUUCAAAACUAAAUACAAAGAAAGUAUUCAAGGACAUGAGCUAAGGCAUAAGGACCCAUCUGAAGUGGAGAUGCACGGAUGUGAUAAGUGCAGUUAUAAAACUAAAUUUAGGAGUGAGUUAAAAAAGCAUCAAAUCACGCAUGAGGAUUUGUCGAACGUGCGGGCGUACCAGUGUGAUAAGUGUGAUUACAGAGCUAAGCGAAAGAAAAAUCUUACAAGUCAUCAACUGAUACAUAAAAAGCUAUCUGAAGUGACACUACACUCGUGUGCAUAUUGUGAUUAUAAAUCAAGAUAUAAGAACGGUGUUAAGUAUCAUGAGUUAACGCACGUCCACACAGAAAUGUACAAAUGUAACGAAUGUAUUUAUGAGACUAAGAUAAAAUGCAGUUUAAUUACCCAUAUGUUGACUCACAAGGACCUGACUGAAGUUCGUUUAUAUCAGUGCGAUAGGUGCAGUUACAGAACUAAAUAUAAGAGCUCAUUAAAAAAGCAUCAAUUGGGACAUGAAAAUUCUUCGAAAAAAAAAGCCAUAUGAAUGUGAGAAGUGUCAAUACAGAACUAAACUGAAACGGUGUCUUUCAGCCGUCAACUAAGACACAAAAAACUUUUUGAAGCGCCAACAUUAAAGUGACUUGCAAUUAUAAGAAAAAAUAUAGAAGCAUAUGUUGUUUUUGAAUACACGUAAGGUCAGCAUAUUGACAUGAGAAGCUCUGAUAUUUCAUACAUUUUAUUAAAGAAAAUAAUAAUUAUGUAAUCACAGAAACAAAUAUAAAAGGUAUAUAAAAGGUAAUAUAAAAUAAACCGAAAUAAACAGAUUAUUCAGAUUACUGUAGUGAUGUGAGUGAAAAUAUAUAACAAAUUGAUAUAUAUCAAUUUUUGAUACAUAUCAGCUAUUAUAUAUAUGUUAAUAGCUGAUAUAUAUCAAUUUUCCCGCCAUUUCAUCAAUAAAGCCAAAUUUCAAACAUAACCUUACAUUUUAAAACUAAAAACUUGUGGUGUGGUAGGCUUGAGCUGGACCGUAGUAGCUCUUGGGUACCUGGCAUAUUUCUGACAAAAGUGAAUAUAAAAAUCUGAAAUUUUAGGGGUGUACUAUAGAUGGGAAGAACUAAGAGCGCACCUGAUUUCAACUCGCCCUUUCCACCCUAGUAAAAUUUCAGAUUUUUAAGUACUACU